CGUUGGACUAAAGAUGCAAAAGAGUUCGAUCCCUCGAGUAUGGGAAGCUUUCCUACCCAGCAAAAUAUUAGCAGGUUUGGAUUCUUGGUUGGUCAAUGUAGUAGAAUGUACCAUUAUGCUGUGAGUUCGGAUGAAGCAUUUCAUACUGCCAAAGGGUUGAUUGAAGACUUGACAUUGCGAGUGAAGACAAUAAGUGAAGAAACUACCAACAAAAAAAAUAAU